GUCUCGGGUUCGGAUAUCAUAUUGACUCAAAACUUACACGUAGAAGGGGAGAUUUUACGUGCAUAGAGAAGGCAUUAUCACAAAAUUGGCGAUAAUCGAAGAUGUGGCCAAACAUGAUCAUUCUCCUGCUGCUCAAGCUUGCUUCGAGCGUGACAGCAACAACAGCUGUAACUGAAUCUUCAUCAUAUUGUAUAUUCAAUGGGAAGACCUACUUGACGGAAGAAUUGCUCGUAGACAAUUGCUUGAACUUAAUAUGUGUGGGAGACACCUGGUACCCGACAGGCUAUGCAAGCAGCACGUGUUCAAUGUGUUCGCUCAGAAACGACCCACAUUUCACGGGAUUCUCUGGCUUGACCUACGACUUCCACGGCAUCUUAGAAUACUACAUCGCUAUGAAUAUAGAUACAUACGGAGUGACUGGCGACUUUUAUCAGUGCAAUGCCUUGGCUUCUUGUUUGGACAUCAUUACGUACAAAGACGGUGUAGAUACAAUGAUCACAUUUGACAAAGACGAUGGGAAUACGAUCCUCGUCAAUGGUGACCCUUUCACUGUUACCAAUGUUGUCCAAAAUGUGGAAUCCGCCGAUGGUGUCGUUCACCCGGUCCUUGCGUGGAAACAGGGUCUCUGCAUUCGCGUAGUAGGAACUCGGGGUAUUGCGCUGAGCUUCUGCAUACAUGACAUGUACGUGUGGGCUGAAAACGCCAUCCUCGGAGACCUGGAUGGCCUGUGCUUCGGCGGACGUGCAUUCGGCGCUGCCAACCCCAAACGCAACUUCCAAAAGCUACCUGUCUCACAGCAGCAAAUCAACGAGUGGGGCGAAUCGCUACUAGUUUCGGGCAACAUUAUCGGACCAUUGGAAACCACUACGGCCGUUUCUAUUCCGGGCACUUGUGAUGCUGAGACCGAACAAGAUCUCCUUCUUCAGUGCCUAGACCUUUUCAGCGACAUGUCUUUCAGCCAGAUCUCUCUCAGUCACGACUUGUAUCAGACAGCAGUAGGCUUCUGUGCGGUCGACCUAUGCCUCAUGACGCUGAGCAAUGCCACCCAGACGGAGAUCGAGGCCUGGAAAAGCACAAUGGUCGGCAUGCUGGAGAACACAAUGGAAGUCAUCGCCUUCACCCUGCCUUAUAGGUGA